GAAACAAAAUAGAAAAUUGACACAGUGAGCUGUCAUUUUUCUGUCCAUUGAAGAAUCAUCAUAGUUGAUUAUCUAAAACAAAAGUUUGUUUGCUGUAAACGUUCUUGUUAUUAAAAAUGUUUCGUGCUAAUAAUUUCGAUAAAUUACUUGAUAAAGCGACAAGUAAUCUACGCCUAGAUCCCGAUUGGCCCUCGAUCUUACAGAUUUGUGAUUUAAUUAGGCAAAAUGAUUGUUCCCCUAAAUAUGCAGUGGUAGCUGUAAAAAAGAAACUAUACUCGCAGAAUCCACACCAGGCUAUGUUUGCACUUCUCGUACUUGAAAGUAUUGUAAAAAAUUGUGGAUCAGGAGUUCACGAUGAGGUAGCUUCAAAGGCAUUCUGUGAAAUGCUGAGAGAUUUGGUAAAAUCCACGCAACAUGAGAACUUGAAAACGAAGAUUUUAGAAUUAAUUCAAGCUUGGGCAUUUGCUUUCCGCAACAAUCCUAAGUACAGAGCUGUUCAGGAUACAGUGAAUAUUUUAAAAGCUGAAGGACACAAAUUUCCACCGCUUAAGGAAUCAGAUGCAAUGUUUUCUGCUGAUACAGCCCCUGAAUGGGCAGAUGGGGAAGUUUGUCAUAGAUGCCGUACAGCGUUUACGUUGAUGGUGAGGCGGCACCAUUGCCGUGCUUGUGGUCAAGUAUUUUGUCAGCAAUGCAGUUCUAAAACAUCAACAUUACCCAAGUUCGGUAUUGAAAAGGAGGUGCGAGUAUGUGACGCCUGUUUUGAUAAAGUAAGCCGUCCACCGUCUUCUACUGCAAAGUUAGAAAUUAUUGACACUGCCAGCGACUAUGGUUCAACUCCUGUGCAGGUAAAAUUUAAACGUCCUGGUAAAUCUGCUGAGGAGCUACAGGAGGAAGAAGAGUUACAGCUGGCGCUUGCCCUCAGCCAGUCUGAAGCCGAACACAAGGAGAAAGAACGCAAGUCUCGAUCUUAUAUCGCGCCUGAAACAACUUUACACCCCACAAUCCCGAGCCCGAGCACGGUGAGCGCGUCCCCCGAGCACGCGGGUUCAGCCCCGGAGCUGUCGCGCUACCUGGACCGCGGCUACUGGGAGCAACGCCAGCGGGAAUCGGCCGCGCCCACCGCGCCCUCGCACGCCGCCAACGACGCGCCCGAGCAAGAGUUCAGUAAGCCAUCGACUACAAAAGGACAAGUACAAGACGAUGAAGCCGAAGACAAGGAAAUUGAUGAGUUCAUCGAGUCGCUGAAAUCUCAAGUGGAGAUAUUUGUUAACAGGAUGAAAAGUAACUCAUCACGUGGUCGGUCAAUCGCAAACGAUACAUCUGUCCAAACUUUGUUCAUGAACAUCACGGCGAUGCAUUCGAAGUUGUUGCGCUAUAUUCAACAGCAGGAUGAUAAGCGAGUGUACUUGGAAAGUUUACAGGACAAGAUAACGCAGGUGCGCGACAGCCGCGCGGCGCUGGACACGCUGCGCGCGGAGCACGCGGCGCGACUGGCGGCCGCGGCCGAGGCGGCCGAGCGCACGCGCCAGCUGCAGAUGGCGGCCAAGCUGCAGGCGCUGCGCAGGAAGAAGCACGACUACCUGCAGUACCAGCGACAGCUGGCGCUGCAGCGCGUGCAGGAACAAGAAAGAGAAAUGCAAAUAAGGCAAGAGCAACAGAAGCAUCAGUAUAUGAUGUCAGCUAACAGUGGUUUCUAUAUGCCUGGUGUUUCUAUGCAUCAGUACCAACCGGGAUACCCUAAUCAACCCGUAUAUGCCAGUCCCCAAUUUCAUCCUCAAAUGAUACCCCAACCCACGACUGACGGUUCUUUGCCUAUGCCUGGACAACCUCAGAUGUCUCAAGCUAAUAUUCCAAUGAAUGUAAACCAAAUGGGAACAAUAUCUCAGUCGAUGCCACAGAUGACAAAUACGUAUGCCAUGUCAACGUCUGGCGUAGCUUUAAGCCAACCGCCAACUAGUGUCCAAGCUCCAAUGAACCAGCCAAAUAUACGACCAAUGGGCCAACAAAUACCCUUACAACAGCAAAUGAUGAUGCAGCAGAUGCAACAAAUGCGUUUGUCUAGCCAGCCUGGCGUUCAUCAAAUUGUACCACCAAAUGUACCAAAUGGUCUCCCGGGUCAGAAUAUUCCUCAACAAAAUCCACAGUCUACUCAACAAUUACCGAAACAAAAUGUAUCAAAUCAUUCCCAGCCAACUAAUCCUAUGAUGCCACCAAUGACAAUCGGUCAGUCUAAUAUGAGCCAACAGAACAAUCCUAGCAACCCAAUGUAUCCAAUGCAAAUGCCAAAUAUGAGAAUGCCUUUUAUGCAUAAUAAUCAGCCAAAUAAUAACCAACAAAUACCCGUGUCUGGUUAUCCUAUGAAUGUACAAAAUCCUCAAAGUAACCAACAGGCACAAACGCAAAUUCCACACAUAGGCCAAAUGCCUUUACCUGGUCAACCGAUGCCUAUGCCAGGACAACCUAUGAUUCAAAAUCAAACUUUACCGGGUCAAAAUCAACAAUUAACCCAAGUGCCACAAAUGAACCAAAAUCAAGGUCAGCAGAUUUCUCAAUCUCAACCGCAAAUGUCUCAAGGUCAAACGAUUCCUAUGCAAGGUCAUCCAGCACAAGCGCAAGGUCAACAAGGGAUGAUGCAAGGCCAACCAAUGCAACAUCAAGGGCAAAACAUGCAACAACCAAAUCAAAAUAAUAUGACACAAAACCAGCAAAUGCCGCCCAACUCUAUGAUGGCCAAUCAGCAAGGACAGCAGAUGGGUCCAAUGCAACAGAUUUCCCAGCAUAAUAUAUUGCCCGGUAGUAUGCCACAACAACCUCCGCAAAUGCAAGGCCAAGUGCAGCAACAGGUGCCGAAUCAAGGGCAACAACAACAACAGGGUAUGCCUCAAAACAUGCAAGGUCAGCCAAUGAAAGUUCAACAAAACUUUGGAAAUAACCCUCCGAACCAACAGCCAGCAGUGCCAAAUCAACAAGUCCAGCAAGUUCAGACUCCCGUUAAGUCUGAACACAAUAACAACACUGCGGAGCUGAUAAGCUUCGAUUAAAUUUAAGUGGUAUAUCAGAAAAAGAGAUCUAUAUAUUAUAGUUAGAUUAUCUAUUUAUAAUUUAAAUGGGAAUUUAUGACAAAUUUGAUAACUCACUAGGAAUGUGAUAUGAUGUUAAAUUCUUAAAGUAAUUUUAAGCAUGUACUCACUCUGCUUUUAAAAUACUUUCGAUGUUUUAAACUAUUCUUAAAAUUAUAUUAUUGUGCGAAUUAUGCGAUUCCUUGAGAGUUACAUUACAUCACAAUCUUACAUUGAAUACGAUAAUGAUUUACGGGCAGUAGUCAAUUUAGAUUUUAGAGAAAUGGCCUUGUAAUCUAUGUAAAUGUGCUAAAGUGUAAUAUAUCUAUCGUAUGUAAUUUAAUUAAGAUAAUAAUACGAGAUAUAUUAAAAUUCAAAUUAAUAUUUUUAUUUUUCUUUGCAAAUAAUUGUUUUGUAAUAUUUAUAUCUAAGUUACGAUUUAUUAUGUAUAAAUACUAAUACAUUUCUGAAAAGUU